AAAACACCAGGGAGGUGGGAUCAAACUUCCAGAAGAUUGAAAUAUAAGGCAGAUGGUGUAGACCAGAAGAUAAAAUGUAAUUCUGACACUGGGUGGAGAGAGAGAGAGAGAGAGAGAGAGAGAGAGAGCAAAAGAGAAAGAGGGAGAGACAGAGAGAGAGAGAGAGAGAGAGAGAGUUAGAGAGAAUGAACAUAGUUCAGAUGUGAAAGAGAAAUCUUCAGCAGUAUGUCACUGAUGGAGACAACGUGGCUUCUGCUUGCUCUGAGCUUGCAAUAUUGCAACGCAGGUGACACCAGCCAUCCGAGACUUCGCCUGUCAUUUAAAGAGUUGUGGGAGCUGAACAGGACCCAGGUGUUCCAGGGCUCCCGGCGAAUGGCAGACCUGCAGACUAUGCUGCUGGAUGAAUACCAGGAGCAGCUCUUCCUCGGCGGCCGAGAUCUCCUCUGCUCACUCAGCCUGGAUCGCAUUGAUGAGGGUUAUCGAGAGAUUCACUGGCCUGGGACGGAGAGUCAGACGGAGAGCUGUCGGCUGAAGGGCAGAGAUCCACUGUCUGAAUGUGCAAACUUUGUUCGUGUUCUCCAUUCCUACAAUCGCUCUCAUCUGCUGGCCUGUGCUACUGGAGCCUUUGAUCCUGCCUGUUCCUACAUCAGAGUGGGGCGGUGGAGAGAGGAUCGGGUCUUCAGGCUGGAAUCUCAGCAGAUCGAGAAUGGGCGAAACAAGUGUCCUUAUGACCCAAACAAGUCCUGUGCCUCCAUCUUGGUUGGUGGCCAGUUGUACAUCGGACUCUACGCUGACUUUUUUGGGGAAGACGCUGCAAUAUUUCGCAGCUUGGAUCCCCAUUCUACAAUCAGAACAGAGCACGACAAUCGCCUACUGAAUGAACCCAAGUUUGUUGCAGCUCACCUGAUUGCUGAUAACGACGACAGAGAUGAUGACAAAGUGUACUUCUUCCUCACGGAGAAGGCCCUGGAAUCCGAGGGCGGGAGCGUGGCUAUCUACUCACGAGUGGCCAGACUGUGUGCGAAUGACAUUGGAGGACAACGAGUUCUGGUCAACAAAUGGAGCACAUUCCUGAAGACCAGACUGAUCUGCUCAGUGCUGGGACCCAAUGGGAUUGAGACGCAUUUUGAUGAAAUGGAGGAUGUGUUUCUGUUGCAGACUAGAGAUCGCAGAAACCCUGAUGUCUAUAUCUUGUUCAGAACCACCAGCAACGUAUUCCAGGGUUACGCGGUUUGUGUGUACCACAUGUCCGCGAUCCGUGAAGCGUUUAAUGGACCCUACGCUCACAAAGCAGAGCCGGAGUAUCACUGGGGACCCUAUGAGGGCAAGGUGCCUUACCCAAGGCCAGGCAGUUGUGCCAGCCAGAUAACCGUACCACCUGGGAGUAAAUACCAUACGACUAAGGAUUACCCAGACAACGUCCUUCGGUUUGUACGCAGUCAUCCCAUGAUGUACCAACAUGUCCACCCCGUACACAACAGACCCAUGCUCUUGAGAACAGAUGGACGACACAAUCUAAAGCAAGUAGUUGUGGAUCGUGUCAGUGCUGAAGACGACCAAUACGAUGUCCUGUUCCUUGGCACAGAUGCAGGGGUGGUGUUGAAGGUUAUUGUAAUUUACAAGAAGGAAGCUGAAAUGAUGGAGGAAGUGGUGUUGGAGGAGCUGCAUGUAUUUAAGGUGCCAACUCCGAUUAUCAGCAUGGAGAUCUCUGUUAAACGGGAAAGCUUGUAUGUUGCAUCAAAGUCAGCUGUUGCUCAGGUGAGGAUUCACCAGUGUGACAUGUAUGGUUCUGCGUGCAUGGACUGCUGCCUCGCCAGAGACCCUUACUGUGCCUGGGACGGAGUGUCCUGUACCAGGUACUACCCGUCUGCAGCAACAACUAAAAGGCGAUUUCGUCGACAAGAUAUUCGACAUGGCAAUGUAACACAGCAGUGCUUUGACCUGCAGAAUGAUGAAGCACGGUCUAAGCCAGAAGAACGACUGUUGUAUGGGAUUGAGGGGAACAGUACAUUGCUGGAGUGUACUCCCCGAUCUCCUCAAGCCAAGGUGCUGUGGUUUAUAGAAGGACGCUCGACCACCGGCCAGGAGGAGGUCAAAACAGACAACCGGGUGAUUAAAACCGACCUGGGACUGUUGCUUCUCAAUCUCCACCAAAGGGACGCUGGAACUUACGUCUGUAAGUCAAGGGAACAUGGAUUCAUUCAGACCGUGACCAAAAUCAAACUGGACGUCCUGCAAGGGGAACAAAUUGAUGGAAUAUUUCACAAGGGCGACGGAGAGGAACCACGCCGCAGAUUUCCCUGUGUGCUCCAGCCUGGCGCUCACCAUGGGGUGAGACCCUGGUACAAGGAGUUCCUUCAGCUGAUUGGCUACAGUCAUUUCCAGCAGGUGGAGGAAUACUGUCAGAAAAUGUGGUGCAGUGGGAAGAGCAGAAAGAAAAAUAGACCUGUGGGGCACAAAUGGAAAUUCAGCAAUGUGCUGGAGGGGAAGGUUAAACGCGGAACCCAGUCAGAGCAUCGGCGCGCACCACGGCACGUUAAAGACACAUGAGGAUUGCAGAUAAAAAUCAGAUUACUGCACACACAGAGUUUGUUAAAUGUUAGCAAAAGGAUCAAAGAAACGUUUUAUGGGAUGUGUUUCUUGUUUACAUAAAGCAUUGCAGAUUCUGGUUUUAGACACAUGGACUGCUGAACUCAAAGAUGCACCUGCAGCAAUAUGUUGGUGUAUGUCACUGCUGGGGCUAUCACUGUGCUCUACAUUGAAAUGUGCUCUUUACAGCCUGACAGCCUUUGUGAAACACAACACCGCUGCGGUAGAAAGUUUUGCAGAGUGCCUCCAUCCAUUCCAUUAGCUUGUAUCGCUAUCUUUUUCACAUCAUCGCUGUUGAUUCACCCACAUUUCAAUCAUACAUGUUGAUGCUGAAUUACUUUGUAAAACCAUUCACCAAUCUUUGCAACAAGCUGGCAAAUGUUUUACUUAGUGUCAUAAAGGAAACAAGCCAAACACGAUUCCCAUCUACACCAGUACCAUUUGCCCAUAUCCCUCCAAACCCUUCUGUUCCAUGUGUCUGUCCAAGUGUCUUUUAAAAAUUGUUAAUGUACAGUACCUGCCUCAACCCCACUUCCUCUGGCAGCUCAUUCCACAUAUCGACCUCCUUCUGGGUUAAAAAGUUGCCCCUCAGGUUCCUAUUAAGUCUCUUUCCUCUUACCUUAAACCCAUGCCCUCUAGUUCCUGAUUCCCCAACCCUGGGGAAAGACUGUGCACGUUCACCCUACCUGUUUCCCUGCUUACUUAAAUUCACUGUAAUCCCUUAACUGGGGUAACUUGCCACAUCUUGUACAGGUUCAGCUCUUUCAUUUUCCUCAGCAAUAGAGGAAUAUUUUCCCAACCCAUUCCCGCGAAGGAGGGCCCCUUCAACAUUAGUGAAUAAACCUAGUGCAUUACUUCAAAUGUGUCAGUAGAUCCAGUUACAGUCAUAUCAGAAGGUUAAGGAGCAAGGACUAACCUGCUGGUUACUUUACCAGACAGCUACAGUUGUCAGAUGGGCCACAUCUGCCCAUCGGAAACAGAAGCCAAACACCACUCAGCCCUCAACCCUGCUCCGUAGUUCAAUAAUGACAUGAUAGAUCAAGUUCUCUUUUCCACUUCUUUUUGAGGUUCUUCUCAUCUCACUUUGAAAUGGGUGCUCCCUCACUCUGACACCAUAUUGUCUGCACCUGGUUUACAGCUUGUUGGUAUCAUAGGUACUGAAUAGAUUUAAGCGAUUCCAAAUACACAUAACUUACAGAAAUCAAUAAGUGAAAAACACCAGAAAUAUUCUGAAUUAAAAGAGGAAAUUGAAACACUACGGAACAUGAACUGGGUAUACAUUGUCCUGGUAGUAAUAUUCUCAACUGAUAUCAUCCCAAAGACACUACACAAUAGUAUUAAAGAAUUAGGCCUACACAGCAAUACCUAUGUAAAUCUUCAGAAAGCCUCAAUACUAAACAUCACUAGAACAGUCCAAAGAUUCCUAGCAAUUGAAAAAUGAGAGUGCUUAGCUAUGCCUGUACUGCGGGAUAAAACCAGCUUGAGUUGAGAAAAUAUAAAUAAUAACAGCUUUAUUUUUACAGCAUCUUUCAUACAUUAAGGCACAGGUUCAAAGUUCUUUACAUGGGUUGUAAAGAUAAAUUAAUAUAAUCUUAAAAUAUGAGACAAAAUUAAAAAACAAGUAAAGACAAACACUAUAUAGAAUAAAAUAUAUUCAAAUAUAUCAAAUUACAUAAACGUAAUCAACAUCAACAGGCAUUAAAUAAUCUUAUAAUUAUGCCAAAUUUUAAAAAUAGGCUUUUAAGAAGUGUUUUGAAAUGUUCCGCAGUACUAGACUGGUGUAUCUCAGGUGGUAGAGUAUUCCAGAUUAUUAGUGCAUGAGAGCAAAAGGCCACAUCACCAGUUCUUACAUACUUGGCUCUAGGAACACUAAGCAAACCGGUAUUUGCGGAUCUAAGAUUACAAUUAGGGAUGUAAGGGGAUAGUCAUUCCAAAAUGUAUGGAAGAACUAGAUUAUUCAGAGCCUUAUAUACAAUUAAGAGUAUUUAAAAAUUGAUCCUAAAGGACACAGGCAGCCAGUGUAACAAUACCAAAUCCGAGGAAAUGUGCUCAGAUUUUCUGUUUUUUUAGUUCAGAUUCUUGCUGCUGCAUUUUGAACAAGCUGCAGCUGAUUUAUCUCUUUCUUAGGCAGUCCUGAAAAGAUUGCAUUUCAGUCAUCUGAUCAGCUUAAAACAAAAACAUGUAUCAAUGUUUCUGCAUCUUGAGAUGUUAUAAGAAAUCGAACUCUUGCAAUGUUCCUUAAAUGAAAGAAUGCCGUCUUUGUGAUAUGGUUGAUAUGUGAUUUGAAAGUUAGCUCAGAGUCAAUAAUUUAAUCAGUGACAACCAGCACAUUUCUUUCUAGUUUGCUUUAUCAUUCUUCUUUCCACACAUUAUACUUCCCUCUCAUUUAACCUAGCAAUAACUCCCUGUAAACGGUCCAUGUCACUUUCCUCUCUGCUACUUUUGUGUUACCUGAAUAUUUUGAUGCAGUAUAUUUGCCCGCUUCUCACAGAUCAUCACAACUCACCAGUGAAAAUGGUUUUUUAUCGCUGCUCUCUGCUUCCUGACAGUUCAUUAGUGCUCUGCCUAUUGAUACAUUAGCUCCAAACUCAUCAGCUUUUAUCUUGCCAUUUAACUGUUUAUGUCACACCUUGUCAAGUACAUUUUGAAAAUCCAAAUAUUUCACAUCUACCGGUUUCCCUCUGUCGGUGCCAGCUGAUAGCCUCUCAGUGAUUUCCCUUGGAUCAGCAUAGAUACCUGCAUAUUGUGAAAAAUAAAUGA